AUGAGUGUUGGCGACGAUGCAGGAAACAUCAACAAGUUUGCACUAGACCUUGAGAAGAAAGUCUACGAGGACGACACGAACGAGUUAGCGCUGCCGGUUAAGAAGAGAGUGAAAAGCGCUAAUAGGAUCGAGUUCAUCAAGGAGUGCAUCUAUAAAUAUUACCUGGUUCCGGUGGAGGCCAGCAGAAUGCCUGGAAAGCGGUCCGAGCAGCCCUGA